UUUAUAUUUGGAUAUCAUAUAUCGUUAGUAUUCUGUGUAAAACACGCUUGGAGAUUUUUAAGGUGACCUGAAUGGUGCAACAAGUGGAACAUCUCAAGCCUAACUGCAUAAAGUCUAUGAAACUUUCUAAAUAGAAACCGUAGAGAUUCUCUUUCUAAGCACAGUUCGCGUAGAUUCGUUAGACGUAUAGGUGCCUGUAAUCUUUUAACGUUGAAGCAUAAACCAAGAAAUGGAUAUAAAUAUAAUUCGCAACUUUUUCAUCUUUAGCGCAAUGAAUAUAAUACUAGCAUCAUUAUUAUUAAAUCUUCUGGAAUCUCAAGUACCUAUAUUGAUAAAACGUGCUUUUUAUUACGGUAAAUUUGAUACAACGACACCUAACUUAAUAGCAGCAAAACUCGAAGUGCCCAAAAGGUGGUUUAGACACUUUUACAUAUUUUGUGCACCACUGAUGACUUUUACUAUUUUCUUUCUUUGUCACAUAUAUCUCAAUAAUAUAGAAGUACCUGAAGUUAUAUUUACAUUCUUAGAUGCAUUAUUAGGAACAUCCAGAAAACCACUAAUAUCAGCAGAAGAAGCAAUUCUGGUUUUUUUCUUAUUUAAUAUACAUUGUUGGAAGAGAUUAUAUGAGACAUGUUUCAUUAAUGUAUUUAGUAAUCAAAAAAUUCAUUUAGCCGUUUAUUUCAUCGGAUUUGCACAUUAUGUUGGAGUAAUUCUGAGUAUAUUGGGAGAAACUGAAGGGUUUGUUAGAGGUUCGUAUAUGUUCCCGCGCAAAGUCGAAAAUGUGAAAUUAAUUUGUGCAUUUCUAAGUAUAUGGGCCUCGUAUGAACAAUUGAAAACAAAUUUUAUUCUUGCAAAACUACGUAAAAAUUCUUGUGGUAAAGUUGUUUCUUUUGAACAUAAAAUACCACAUGAUGGUCUAUUUAAGUAUGUAGCAGGCCCUUUGCAAUUGUGCGAAAUAAUUAUAUAUUUAAUGUUCUCUGCGAUUCUUUGGCGAGCUUCUACAUGUCAUUACAUUACUUUGUGGGUUGUAUCAAAUCAGUUGGAGUGUGCAGUUAUGUCUCAUCAGUGGUACCAUAAGACAUUUAAAAAUUACCCAAAAGAGAGAAGGAUUUUAAUUCCUUAUAUAUUUUAA